AUGGACCAUGAGGCCCACAUGUGGCUUGAAAAUCAUUGUAAUCUGGUGACUCAGAACAUCAGGGACAAGAUGAUAAGCGUCAGAUCUCAAAGGGGACUUCAAACACAGGCUUCAAAUCAUCCUGUUGAUGUCAAUCCCUCUGCUCAAACAGGUCAUCAAGAUUUGGGGGGUCAUGAGUAUUCCAGUGACAUGGAUACAGACCUUGAUCAAGGAAUUAUGUUUCACACACACUCCUCUCCAUAUAAUUUGGAAGCUUCCAAUCACUCAAGUGCAGACUCUUCUGAUACAAAGUCUGAUUCUUCAAACUCAAGUGAAACUGUGGGAUCAGCAUCAUUAGAUGAGGAUUCUGAGACAGAUGACAUGGAUGUCAACUUCCCACAAAUACAGACAGAAGCUUUCAACAUGACAAGAAAUGUUGCCCCAUGGUUCCCUGUGGGAAGGGAGGAGAAUGUGGCAGGACUUACUGCUUUGGGUAGCACACUUACCCAAACUUCCAGAAAAUCAUAUGAUGGCUACAAGCUAGCAGCAAGAGUGAUGCAUACCGAUCUUCCAUGCUGGAAUGCAAUGUCUUCCCUGCGAAAAGAGCUUAGGUCAAUGCUUGGCUUAGAUGUUAAAGAGUUUGUAUCACCGCUGGGUAACACCUGCUACACCCUGGUUAUUGAAGAGCAGCUGAGAUUGUACUUUACACAUUGUGGGAAAUGGGUCCAUGGUCUUAGAAGGGAGUUUAGGGCUCCAAUGGUAAAAACAACAGCUGGAAUCUUUUAUAUCUAUGAGCCGGCACGGCUGAAGGAUGGAAGACUAGUAGUACCAUCACAUUUUUGGCAAUUGGAUGGUGUGCUUCAUGCAAAGAUUUUGACGGCAGAAAUCUUCAAGUUAGAUGACUCUACAUAUCGAGUUUUGAUACCAGAGGAGCCUGAUUUUGGAUUUCAAGAUUCAAUCAACUGUGAUGAACUGUUACUGCCUUUCCCAAAGUGUUUUGAGCUCUGA